AUGUGGGUCCGUCCCGGCGUGCUCAACUCGCGCAGACUGCUCUUCUCGUCCGCCUGCGGCCGCUCGCGCUCGUCGCUGGGCAGUCUGCGCGUCUUCACGUCCUCCCGCGCGGCGCUGCAGGCGGCGGCAGCGGCGCCCUCCGCCCCCGUCAAGGAGCCCGUCGGCGGCGGCUACAGCCACGGCCCAUCCAUGGCGCCGCCCGCCAGCGACAACCACCAGGCCGCGUUCACCGACUUCCUGCCGGCGGUGCCGCCCGAGUGUCUGCGCGUGCAGCAGGGCGUGCAGACGACGCGCGGCUCGGCGGCCGGCACCGUGGGGCCGUCCUCUUUCACCGCCAUGUUCCGGGACAUGUCGCCCUACAUCAACUUCCACCGGGGCACCACCAUGGUCAUCCAUCUGCCCGGCCAGCUCGUCGAGUCCAACCUCUUCGGCGCCGUGAUGCACGACAUCGCGCUGCUCAACACGUUCGGCAUCAAGCUCGUGCUGGUGGCCGGCUCGCGGCCACAGCUCAACCGCCAGCUGGCGCUGCGCAAGCUCUCGCAGCGGUUCGACUGCGGCAUGCGCAUCACCGGCCCCAUGGAGCUCCAGUGCGCCAUGGACGCGGCCGGCUCCGUGCGCUUCCAGAUCGAGAGCUACCUGGGCCGGGGCAUCGUCAACUCCCCCGGACGGGCGAGGACCAUUAACAUCUCGUCGGGCAACUUCAUCACCGCGCAGCCGCUCGGAGUGCGCGGCGGCGUGGACUUCAAGAACACGGGCGAGAUGCGGCGACUCAACGUCGAGAAGGUGCGCGCGGCGCUGGACGACGGAGACAUCGUGCUCAUCUCGAGCAUCGGCUACAGCGCCAGCGGCGAGGUCUUCAACUGCCUCUCGGAGCAGGUGGCCAGCAAGUGCGCGGUGCAGCUCGAGAGCGCCAAGCUCAUCUUCAUGCACGACGGUGAGGAGCUGGUGGACUCGCGAUCCAACUCGGUGGUGCAAACCUUCGUGAUCGAGCAGGCGCAGCAGUACGUGGAGCUGGCGCGGCAGAACCCGGACAUCAGCGGGGACUUCCUGCUGUACUUGAAGGAGUCCAUCAAGGCCUGCGUGAACGGCGUCAAGCGGUCUCACCUCGUCAGUCGACACGUGGACGGCGGUCUGCUGCAGGAGCUCUUCACCCGCGACGGUGAAGGUCUGAUGAUCACCAAGCACAUGUACGAGGGCAUUCGGAUGGCCACCACCAACGACAUCGUGAGUAUCAUGCGCCUCAUCCAGCCGCUGCUUGAUGACGACGUGCUCGUGUCGCGCGACCAGGAGCAGAUCGAGAGCAAUGUGGACACAUUCACGGUGGUGGAGCGCGACGGAGCGAUCAUCGCGUGCUGCACCCUGCAGCCGUACGAGAACAAUUUUGCCGAGAUGGGCUGCGUAGCCGUGGACCCGACGUACCGCAACCUCGGCAAGGGCAACGCCAUGCUCGGAUACAUCAUGCGCAAGGCAGCGGCCAUGGGCGUGACCAAGCUGUUCGUCAUGACGACGCGAACAGCGCAUUGGUUCAUGGAGCGCGGCUUCGUGGAGGCGACAGUGAACGACCUGCCCCCGUCGAAGCUCGCGAAGAUCGACCUCAAGCGGAAGUCCAAGGUCUACAUCUGCGACAUCAGCACCAAGGAGGCUCUGGACGAGAAGGAGAUGCUCCUUGGUAUGGAAUGA